UUCAUCUCCCCUCUCUCCUCUCACCUUCUUGGUCGCCAUCUCCCCCUCGUUGUUGUCAUCCCCCGCAGCCUCUCGCCGGAGAGGCGGUCUCCGGCGCCUCUCCCUCUCUUUCUCUUGUUGGGGUGACUUCGCCGCCAUCACCUCUCCUUCACUCUCCGUGCUCUUCCUUCCGACUGCCAAUGGACUCCAUCGCCGCCGCCCUCCCCCAUGCUUCCAUGGCGGCCAUUCACGCCUUCCAAGCCCCUCCACGUCGCUUGCGUUUCUGCAUCUCCGCCUCCACCUCCUCCCCGGCGGCCAUUACCCCACAGCUCGAGGCGUCGCGCUCUCCGGCGCUUCCUCUUCUCAAGGUGACCACGGAGUCCUUGCAGUAUGAAAGUGGCUACCUUGGUGGUAUAUCGGAGAAGACUCCUCUUCGUUCCGGCGAGAGAAGCGGCGAGGAUGGUGCCCUUAACCCGAUGGCGUAUCUUACGAGCAUUCUUUCGUCUAAGGUUUAUGAUGUCGCCAUUGAAUCCCCCCUUCAGCUUGCUUCGAAGUUGUCUGAGAGGCUAGGGGUUAAUUUGUGGCUCAAAAGAGAGGACUUGCAACCUGUGUUCUCGUUUAAAUUGAGGGGAGCUUAUAAUAUGAUGGCAAGGCUUUCAAAAGAGCAGUUGGAGAAAGGGGUUAUCUGCUCGUCAGCUGGAAAUCAUGCUCAAGGUGUUGCAUUGUCUGCUCAGAGACUAGGCUGUGAUGCUGUGAUUGCAAUGCCAGUCACAACACCUGAAAUUAAGUGGAAAUCUGUUGAGAGGCUAGGUGCUACAGUGGUUCUUGUUGGAGAUUCUUAUGAUGAAGCACAGUUAUAUGCUAAGAAAAGGGCAGAGCAGGAAGGCCGCACUUUCAUACCUCCUUUUGACCAUCCUGAUGUAAUUAUGGGGCAGGGAACUAUUGGAAUGGAAAUAAUUCGGCAGUUGAAAAGCCCAGUGCAUGCAAUUUUUGUACCUGUUGGAGGUGGAGGGUUAAUUGCAGGAAUCGCCGCAUAUGUAAAGCGAGUUCGCCCUGAGAUAAAGAUAAUUGGAGUGGAGCCAUAUGAUGCAAAUGCAAUGGCGUUAUCUUUACAUCAUGGGCAGAGAGUCAUGCUAGAGCAGGUGGGGGGCUUUGCUGAUGGUGUGGCUGUCAAAGUUGUUGGAGAAGAAACUUUCCGAUUAUGUAGGGAGUUGGUAGAUGGAGUGGUUCUUGUUGGUCGUGAUGCUAUUUGUGCUUCUAUAAAGAAUAUGUUUGAGGAGAAAAGGAGCAUCUUGGAACCAGCUGGUGCUCUUUCCCUAGCAGGUGCAGAAGCAUACUGUAAGUACUAUGGCUUGAGGGAUGAGACUGUAGUUGCAAUUACUAGUGGAGCAAAUAUGAACUUUGAUAGGCUGAGGUUAGUUACUGAACUUGCUGAUGUUGGUCGGAAACGAGAGGCUGUUCUUGCAACUUUUCUUCCAGAGGAGCGGGGAAGUUUUAAGCAUUUUGUUGAAAUGGUUGGUCCAAUGAACAUCACAGAGUUCAAGUACAGAUAUGAUGCCCGUGGAGAAAAAGCACUGGUUCUUUACAGUGUUGGAUUACAUACUGAAAGUGAUCUAGGAGCUAUGGUAAAUCGCAUGGAGAGCUCACAGCUCAAGACGGUGAACCUGACCAACAAUGACUUGGCAAAGGAUCACCUACGGCACCUUAUGGGAGGCAGGACAAAUGUGGGCAAUGAACUUUUGUGCCGGUUCGUAUUCCCCGAGAGGCCAGGUGCUCUUAUGAAAUUCUUGGAUGCUUUCAGUCCUCGUUGGAAUAUUAGCUUGUUCCAUUAUCGAGCACAGGGUGAGACAGGUGCAAAUGUGUUAGUUGGAAUCCAAGUCCCGAAUGAGGAAAGAAAAGAAUUCCAAAAUCAAGCUCAGACCCUUGGCUAUGAAUAUGCCUAUGAGAUUAACAAUGAGGCGUAUCGGCUUUUGAUGCAGUGACUGCCAAAUCAAGAAUUAUAACAAUUGAUGCUGGUAGUGUUUUUGCUCUAAGAUCAAACUGCCGGAAUCUUGAUACGCCUGCCAACACUGAAGGUAUUUAAGACCAAGUAUCGGUUGAACUUCUUUUACCUCUAAUCCUAUAUAUUAUCUGAUAAUUGCCUCGAUGAGUAUCGGAAACCUUCUCCUGUUGUUGUUCUUGUUGUCAUUAGCCUUUUCGUUAUUAUGUGACUCUAAAACUGUCCAUGAUGGUAAUGUUCUAAUUUGCCAGGCCACGAUGCAAGUUAAACAUUCCAAAUUAUUUAACUUAAUGUUAAACCUGGCAAGCUACUUUGCAGAAAGUUUUUAUACAUUUGAUUUGGAGAAA